GUUAUGUAUAAAUUAACUUUAUCUAAUUUUGCACUUCUUACACGAGCUAUAUAUAGAAUAAAAUGGAACUAAAAUUCAAUUCUACUUCAGCAUAGAAAGUUCAAUUCUUAUUGAUUUUUAGUUAAUAAUCCGUGUUAAACAAAAGCUGAUGAGGAUUACUCAUUGCAAGUUGCAAUUCUAAUAUUCAAUAAUAGAAGUGUUCUUGUGGCUACAGAAGGGAUCUCCAAAAGAAAAAAAAGGCAUCAAUAGUGUGGAAAUUAUUGAUUUGAGACAAAUUAGAGUAUCUCUUUGGAUAAAGUAUAUGAACAAGAAUAUGCGGUAGAAAUUAUUACAAGAUGAUCCACUAACUUCUGUUGGAGUUUUCUUUUAACACUGACUGCACUUUGCAUUAUUACAAAUAAUUUCUUUCCUACAGCCAUCUUCACUGGUCAAAGCAAAACCAAUCUCUAAUCUUUGUCUUUCUUUCUUUGGAUUUUAUGCACAAAAUCUUCCAAGUUUUAUGCCACUUGAGGUAUUUAGGACUUUGUGAUCUAGAUAUAAAGACCAUUCCUGAUUUUAUUCCUGAUACAGCACAUGUUCUUCAUGUAUAUUUGUGUCCUUAGUUUAUACACUGCUUACUGAUUUCUUUUUCUUUUCUCUAUGUUGUGUAUUUUGCAUAAUAGUAGUAAAGUUAUUUCUCAAUAUUAGUGGAAGGGCAUAAAGGACAAAAUUAACGUAACCAAAGAUGGGUUAUUGUUUUUUUUUUUUUCCUUUUUUUGUCUCAACUCCUUUAUUAGUAAUAUAGAAGUAGAGAUGAUCUAAUCUCUACCAAAAUGUUUACAAAUGAUUAUUUAUUCAUUUUUUACUUGUGUGUUCUAAGUUACACUUUUGCUAAUAUUCACAUGUAAGUAGCAAUAUGUUUACAAAUUUUCUAUUAUACGUCGCUAAUUGUCCAUAUUAUUCUUGAUGCUUCAUAGUUCAAUUCACAGUUAGAGCUCAUCAGAGUAAACAAAGCCUCCAAAAAUAUUCAAGUUCUAUAUAUACGAAAGAAAAUAGAAGUACAGAACUCUGAAAAGGCUUUGGUGGAUACCUGGGAAUAUAGUUUAUCUAACUAAAACUCAAACAUGCAGAUAGGGACGAGAAAUCUUCUAUAAGAUUUCAAGCAAUGCCAAAAAAACAUGACAGACAUAAAAUGAUACCAAAAACUAAGGAAGAAUACUGCAUAACUGCAUAUAGGUUGAAGUGUUGUAAUAAAUUUAUAAUCUUAAAAACUAAUAAAGGUUAUUAUUCCUUGUUUAAGUGAAUAUUUAUCAUCAAUUUCAAACUUUUGUUUGUUCACCCUAAUAUGUGAAUAAUUUUCAUUUGCUUGUUUCUUAGUGCCUUUUAUUAUAAUGCAAUUUGCAUUAACUAGAUGUGUGCAUCAAUUUUCUAGUGUAAUUUCUACUAUAUGUAUUGCGGGUCAAAGAGUUCACAAUAACAUAAGAAUGUUGAUUAUGGUUACUGUCUUACAGAUAUAUAACCUACGAAGAAGAACAUACUGUAUUUGUUUUCUAAAAUUUAAUUCUAAUUCAGCAUUAAAAAAUGUUAAAUUCUUAUUGAUUUUUAGUUAAUCCGUGUCAAACAAAAGCUCACGAGGGUUACUUAAUUGCAAUUCUCUAGUGUUCAAUAAUCGAAGUGUUCUUGUGCCUAUUUGAGUGCGUGGGACCUCCAAACGGUAUCAAUAUACUGUGAAAAUUAUUGAUUUGAGAGACAAAAAUUUGAGUAAUUAAUUAAAGUAACACGACAAGACAAGCAGAGACAAUAAUUUCUUUCUUUUGACUGUGCACCAGGACAAUAAUUGAGAGAAAGUAAUGUGGAAUGAAGAAUCUCAUUGAAUAAAAGCAUAUGAGUAAAUGGUAGAAAGGAUGGUCUACUAAUUUUUCUUAAGAGUUUCCUUUCCACACUGAUUGCAUUUUAUUUGCAUGACGAACCAAUUAUUUUAAAAUGUACACAUUUUAUUUUUUAACAUUAACAGCUAUAGACAGGACCUCCGAAAGAAAAAGAUAUCACCAUACUGUAAGAAAUUAUUGAUUUGAGACAAAUUAAAGUAACAACACAAGGACAAUAAUUUCUUUCCUCUGAGCACCAGGACAAUGAUUGCAGGCUCCGGAAUCAAUGGUAAAAAUUAAAAGAUGGUUUCACUGACUUUACUUGGAGUUUACUUCCAACACCAACAGCAUUUUGCUAUUCACAAUUCAUUUGUUUCCUACAGCCAUCUGCACUCAUCAAAGCAAAACCAAUCUCUCAUCUUUCUCUUCCUUUCUUUCUUUCCUUUUUUUUUCUUCAUUUGUUGCAUUUCUGAAAAUGGCUGAGGCUUUGCUUGGAAUUGUGCUGAAGAACUUGUUCCCUUUGGUCCAGAGUGAAUUUGCAGCCUUUUUUGGAAUCAAGGAAAAGGCUGAAGAGCUAUCAAAAAAUUUAGAACUCAUCAAAGCUGUUCUUGAUGAUGCCGAGGAGAAACAAUGGUCAAAUCGUCCUUUGAAGGUGUGGCUACAGCAGCUUAAAGAUGCAAUGUACGAGAUGGAUGACAUCCUUGAUCAGUUGCCUACUGAAUCCUCUCAACUUGGGUGCUUAACUUCUUUGAACCCAAAGAAGGUGAUGCAUCGUCGUGAGCUUGGACAGAAGUUGAAUGAGAUAAUAAGGAGGUUGAAUGGAAUUGCUCAAGCUGGGAGCAACUUUGGUCUUAGACAAGUUGUGAGGGAAAGGCAAAGUGAAGUAGUUGAAUGGCGCCAAACAAGCUCAACUAUUGCCGUUCCUCAAGUGUACGGACGAGAUGAAGAUAAAGCGAGAGUUGUGGAGUUUCUUCUUAGCCCAUCACGAAGCUUUGAGUUCCUUUCCGUCUAUCCCAUUGUUGGAUUAGGUGGUCUUGGAAAAACAACGCUUGUUCAGCUGGUCUACAACGAUCACCAAGUAGGUAACAAUUUCGAUUUGAAGAUUUGGGUGUGUGUUUCUGAGAGUUUCAAUGUAAAGAGUAUUUUGUGUUCCAUUGUAGAAGCUAUCACAAAUGCUAAGUUUGAGCGCAUGGCUUUAGAUGUAACGGAGAAAAAAGUGAAAGAAUUGCUGCAAAGUAAAAAGUAUUUGUUGGUUUUAGAUGAUGUAUGGAAAAGACACCAAGAAAUGGAAUCAGGAUUAACCCAAGACAAAUGGGAUAAGUUAAGAUCCGUGUUGUCUUGUGGAUCUAAAGGCUCCUCCAUUUUAGUAUCCACUCGUGAUAAUCAUGUUGCAACAAUUAUGGGAACAUGCCAAGCUCAUCAUUUGGACCGUCUAUCCGAUGAUGAUUGCUGGUCCUUGUUUAAACUCCGUGCAUUUGGAGCUGACAAAGAAGAGCGUGCAGAGCUUGUAGCAAUAGGGAAGGAAAUAGUCAAGAAAUGUGGAGGAUCACCUCUUGCAGCACUGGCAUUAGGAGGUUUGAUGCAAUCCAGAAGCACGGAAAAGGAAUGGCUUGAAGUUCAGAAAAGUAAGCUUUGGAGUUUACCGGAUGAGAAUGAUAUUAUGGCUGUCUUGAGAUUAAGCUACUCUUGUUUAUCGCCAACUCUAAAGCAGUGUUUUGCUUUCUGUGUCAUAUUUCCCAAAGAUGCAGAAAUCAUGAAGCAGGAAUUGAUUUAUCUUUGGAUGGCUAAUGGAUUUAUUUCAUCACGGCCAGACUUGGAGGUGGAAGAGGUUGGCAACAUGGUUUGGAAUGAAUUAUACCAAAAAUCAUUGUUCCAAGAUGUUAGGAGUGAUGACUUUUCUGGCGAGAUUUAUUUCAAGAUGCAUGAUUUAGUCCACGAUCUUGCUCAAUCAAUCUCAGGGCAAGAGUGUAUAUGCUUGGAGAGACAAAACCUUAAUGAUUCUUCAAGAAACCCCCAUCAUAUUGUUUUUCACGGCAUUGAUAAAGAACAAUUCAAUAAGAGAGCCUUUGAAAAAGCUAAAUCCUUGCGGACAUUGUAUCAACUGAAUUCGGAUGAAUUUCCCUUCAGCUCUAGAUUGAUUCCAACAAAUAAUUCGCUUCGAGUUUUGUGCAUAUAUAGUAGAAAGAUACCAUCAUUUGGGAGUUUAAGUUGCUUGAGGUAUUUGGAGCUUCAUGAUUUGGAUAUAAAGAGGUUGCCAGCUAGUAUUUGCAAUUUGCGAAGACUGGAAAUCUUGAAACUAAAAAAAUUGUCGAGUCUUUGCCGUCUACCGAAACACUUGACAAGGAUGCAAAAUCUCCGACAUCUUGUCAUUGAUGAUUGUGAUGGGCUAUCUGAAAUGUGUCCAGACAUUCACAAACUAUGUGAAUUGAGAACACUAAGUGUAUACGUUGUGAAAUCAGAGAAAGGGCAUAGUUUGGCAGAGCUACGUGGUUUGAAUCUGGGAGGAAAGCUAAGCAUCUCAGGCCUAGGAAAUGUUGGGAGUAUAUCUGAAGAUGAAAAUGCCAACUUGAAGGGUAAACAAGACCUUCGAGAAUUGAUUUUGUCAUGGAGCAAUAGUGGUAAGAGGAAGUCGGUAGUGGGAGCAGAAGAAGUACUUGAAGCGCUUCAACCUCACUCCACACUCAAGCUGUUGACGAUACAAUUCUAUAAGGGAUUACAUUGGCCAACUUGGAUGGGAAACAUUUCUGCUACCCACAAUUUAGUUUCUCUUCAACUUGAGAAUUGUGGAAAGUGCGGGCAUGUUCCUCCAGUGGGAAAACUUCCAUUUCUGAAGAAGCUUGUGGUAAGUAGCAUGAAUGAUGUGCAGUACAUUGAGGAAGAUGAAAGUUAUGAUGGUGUUGAAACAAUGCCAUUCCCAUCUUUGGAGGAAUUGCGAGUGGAGAGAUUGCCAAAGGUGGAGAGGUUGUUGAAACGGGAAAUAACACAUAUGUUCCCCUCUCUUUCUACCAUAGAAAUCACCGAUUGCCCUAAACUGCAAUUGCCGUGCCUUCCAAGUGUUAAGGACCUCACUGUUUGGUAUUGUAGCAAUGAGCAACUGAAGUCAAUCUCUAAUCUCAAUGCUCUUAACCAACUUCGUCUUUGGGGAAAUCAUGAAGUGUCGUGCUUCCCAGAAGGAAUGAUGAGCAACAUGACCUCUCUUGUAUCUCUGGAUAUAUGUCUUUUCACAAAAUUGAAGGAACUGCCAUCUGACAUCACAAAACUCACUGCUUUGUCUGAUCUAACCAUCGAAGAAUGUGGUAAGCUGGAGUGUUUACCAGAACAGGGUUGGGAAGGCUUAUCUUCACUUCGAGAACUGUCAAUUCAUAACUGUUACAGUUUGGGAUCCUUGCCUGAUGGUGUCCGGCACUUAACUUCACUUGAAUAUUUGAGUAUUAGUGGCUGCCCAGUGUUGAAAGAGCUGUGUAAGGAAGGAACAGGGGAGGAUUGGCACAAGAUAGCACAUGUUCCUCGUGUAUAUAACUGGUAAUCAUUGUAUGUAUUUAUUGUAUUCUUAGUUUAUACACAGCUUAUUCAUUAUUUUCUUUUCAUUUUGUUGUGUAUUUGCAUAAUCAUGGUUUUAAUAUCUUGUAUUCUAUUUUAUCUUCAUUUGUACUGUUCUUUCAUAUUA